AUGGCAGGCGCAGAGCUGUCGGCCUCGGCCACCGGAGGAAAGCGGAGGCGCCGGCCUUACUUUGUUUCGCGCCGCAAGAGGCGGCCCGACUACGCCGACGGCCGAGCCGGUGGCAGCGGAAGCGGAGCAGGCACCACGGAAAGAGAGCUGCGAGACCUCGAGGCGGCAGAUCAGAUCGCGGACCUCGAGGCGGCGCUACUGCCGCGUGGGCCCGUAGCGGCACAUGGCUCCGAGGCAAAGCGCGAUGAGGGCGGUAUCGCUUUGCCAGCACCUUGCUCCGAGGCAAGGCGCGCUGAGGGCGGCAUUGCUUCGCCGGCAGCAGCUUCUAAGCAUGCGACGGGUUUCGGCAAACCAUUCGCGAGUCUCGGGACCACCUUUUUUGGACGGAACGCGACAUUUGAGCCGGCAGGGAUGCCUCGCACCGCUCCCGCUGGGGCGCCCCUUGCUGUUGUCGAAGCGCAAUCUGAGCUCAUGCUUUUAGUGCCCCCUCCUAUGCCGCCACGUGAGCCACGGGCAAGGGGCGCCGAGGUCCCGGCGUACCGGUCUGUCGGGCCUCUGCCAACCGGAGAGACGCAGCGCCGCUGCAACGACCUCGAGCUAAUCCUGGUGGGGCAGAGCGUGCUCGUUGUGCUCCUUGCGCGCGCGUGGACCGACAUGGGCCUCUUCUUCCACGCUCACGUGUUUGCUGAUGCCGUGGGUACCUGCAUCUUCCAUCUGCACCACAUCGCAGUCGUGCUCUGUCUCGGCACGCUCGUCAACCAGGUGGUGAUCUCGAGACUUGCGCCGCCUGACCCAGGACUAUCCCUCGCGCCCGCCACGGUGGGCAUGUCGAUGGGCGGCACCAUCGCCCCCGCCGCGCUGCAGUGCAAGGAUGAGAGCGAAGUGAUGGGCGAGGCCUACGCGCCGCUCUAUCUGGCGUUCGCGGUUGCGCUCUUCGCGUUGCUCGUCGAGUUGAAGCGGAGGCUUGCGACGACCCCAGCGUCAUCCCUCACGCGGAGGUACAUGAUCGGCUUCACCGAGCUCGCCUCCAACUUCCUCGCCCUCUCCGCGGCCGCCACCCUCAACGCGACCACAAAGGCGAACAUCGCUUUCAAUGCCAAGGAGUACCUCGCCGCCGUUGUUGGCGGCGGCGUGCAGUCGCCGCGCCUCCCGGACCCCGUGCUCUGCCAGGCUCUGUGGGCGUUGGCGGCGUUCCUGAUCCUGCCGAGCUUCCUGGCUGCUAUAGCGCCGCUGCUUGCGUCGAGGCUGUCGAUACUCAACUUUGCAAUCAGGCUCUGCGCCUUCUACUCCGCCUUUCAAAUUCUGAACGCCGUGCCGACAGCAAUCGCCGAGGCGCAGCACACCACGGUCACCAUCUCCAGCAGCGACGCACCGCUCGCGCACAAGGCCGCGCUGGCGCUAGGUAUGGCGGCGCUGCUUGCGCUGACGCGAUCACUUAUGCUUUCAGGGCAGCGGGCCUCGCUCGAGGAAGUCUCGAAGGGCGCCAAGGACGGCCUCGAUCGCGAGGAGAUCGAGCAGGCUCGAGAGGCCUUCUUGGAGCAUACGAUGGGGCUGUCGCUCGGUUGGAGCUGGCACCCAUUUGUCAAGGCGUGCUUCGUCGCCGCCUGCGAAGCUGUCUCGAGCCAGGGCGAGGCGGUGGAAACGGUGGGCGUCGUGCUUUACACCGUCGUUGCUACACUGCUGGUGUAUCAGCUCUACUCUGCCCUCUGGAGAGCCGCGGCGGACCGCACAUCGAAAACGGACAGCGCGGCAGACGCUGGCUUCACUGCCGGCGACGCUGCGGACGCGCACGUCGGCGAUCAUGGCGACGCGGGAUGA